GGCCUUGAUGGAGGAAGGCAGGCCCUGGAGCAGCCUGAGCCCGGCCAGCAGCGCCUCCACCAUCUCCUCGCUCAGCACCCUCAGCACCAAGAAGCCCACCCGGGCGGUCAACAAGGUGCAUGCCUUUGGGAAGAGGGGCAAUGCUCUCAGAAGGGACCCCAACCUGCCCGUGCACAUCCGUGGCUGGCUUCACAAGCAGGACAGCUCUGGACUCCGGCUCUGGAAACGCCGCUGGUUCGUCCUCUCCGGCCACUGCCUCUUCUAUUACAAGGACAGCCGCGAGGAAAGUGUUUUGGGUAGCGUCCUGUUGCCCAGCUACAGUAUCAGGCCGGAUGGGCCGGGCGCCCCCCGAGGCAGGCGCUUCACCUUCACGGCCGAGCACCCAGGCAUGAGGACGUACGUUCUGGCCGCGGACACGCUGGAGGACCUGCGGGGCUGGCUGCGCGCACUGGGCAGGGCCUCCCGUGCGGAGGGGGACGAUGGCGGGAGACCCAGGUCCCCGGCGCGUGCCCAGCCUGCGGAGGGCCCCGGCGGCCCGGGAGGCCCCCCAGAGGGGAGCAGAGGGGAAGAGAGGCGUGUCUCCGAGUCCCCGGAGGUGGCUCGACUCUCCAGAGGCCGUGGCCGGCCGCGGCUGCGCACCCCCAGCCCCACAGCUGACCUGCAGUGCGGACCGCGCACCCGGAGGGCGGGAAGCCCGGACCUCUUCACAGCCCUGUCCGGCCCUCCGUCCCCUCUGAGUCUCCCGCGUCCCCGCUCGGCCCCGGUGCGGCGACCUCCUCCUUCCUCAGGAGAAGCAGCACCCCCUGUGCGACCGCACACCCCCAUGAGUCGCAUCGAUGUUCGGCCUGCUUCGGAGUGGGGCCCCCAGCGCCAGAGCCUCUCCCGGCCCGCGACACCCCGCCGAGGACCCUCGUCGGAGCCUGCAGGAGGAAGGUCCUCCAGGAGCCCCCAGCCCUGGAGUCCGGAGCCCAGAACACAGGUCCCCUCGGGUUCUGCCACUUACCUGCAGCUCCCUCCGCGCCCUCCCGGGACCCGGGCCUCCAUGGUUUUAUUGCCAGGUCCGCCCUUGGACUCAACCUUCCAGCAAAGCAUGGAGACAGAUACUCUGUUGACCAAGUUAUGUGGGCAGGACCGGCUCCUGAGGCGGCUGCAGGAGGAGAUCGACCAGAGGCAGGAGGAGAAGGAGCAGCUUGAAGCAGCCCUGGAGCUGACCCGGCAGCAGCUGGGCCAGGCGACCAGAGAGGCUGGGGCUCCCGGGAGGGCCUGGGGUCGCCAGCGCCUCCUACAGGACCGACUGGUCAGCGUGAGGGCCACCCUCUGUCACUUGACUCAGGACCGAGAGCGGGUGUGGGACACCUACAGUGGCCUGGAGCAGGAGCUGGGCACCUUGCGAGAGACACUGGAGUAUCUACUGCACCUGGGGUCACCGCAGGACCGAGCCUCGGCCCAGCAGCAGCUGUGGAUGGUAGAAGACACACUGGCAGGUCUGGGGAGCCCCCGGAGGCCGCCCCCUCACCCCGAGCCCGACUCGCCGUCCCCUGCGCUCCAGGGGGAGGAGUCGUCAGAGAGGGAGAGCCUGCCAGAGUCCUCGGACCUCAGCUCCCCACGCUCUCCAGAGACAGACUGGGGGAGGCCGCCUGGGGCUGACAGAGACCCGGCCAGCCCUGGUGCAGGUCUUGGGUCUCCAAAGGUGUCCCAGGCGUCCAGCCCAGAGGGUCCCUGCUCUGCCUCUCCACAGCCAGGAGCCAAGGCCCCCGUGGCACGCCCUCGGAUGAGUGCUCAGGAGCAACUAGAACGCAUGCGCAGGAACCAGGAACGUGGACGGACCCUCUCCCGUCCGGCCUCCCCGCGACUGCUCACCCUGGGGAGGACUCUGACUCCAACCAGGCGCCAGCCCGACCCAGAGCCAAGGCCUGGCCUAGGACACACAGGAACCACGAAAUGGCUGCGGAGCUCGGGGUCCUGGAGUAGUCCCAGGAACCCUGGGCCUUCCUCGCCGAUGGCCGCAGGCCACCGGGAGCGGGUCCUCAGCCUCUCCCAAGCCCUGGCCACGGAGGCGUCCCAGUGGCACAAAAUCAUGCUAGGUGGACAGCUGGACUCCGGGGGGGACCCGCUCGCCGCGGCUCCAUCGGACCCCAGGCCGCAGACUACCCCUGCCUCGACGUCCCCAGUGGCCGACGACCCCCACCCAAGCAGCGGGCGCAGCGGGUGGGAGCCCAGCUGGGGCUCCGGGCCCUCCCCUGCUGCGCUGAGCCCCGAGGAGGACACGUGGCCGCUGCGGGUCACUCUGCUGCAGUCCAGCUUCUGACCCCUGCCCAGGGGGACCCCGGAGAGCGGGGGGCAAGGGG